UAUGUAGCACUUUGGCUAUGACCAAAACCAUUCCAAGUUUCAAAGAUACUCCUACAGAAGGUUAAAUAAAGGUUAAAGAUAGAUUUUCUGAUUCUGGUUCUAAAAGCUCCACUUAUAAUGGUAUACCUCUUGAAACAAUAAUUGUUUCUGUAGCAGAAACAUGAUGUUUGUCUAGUCAGAAUAAAAUGUUGUUCCCUUUGGAAAAGAUAAUCAUUCUCACUUUUGGCACCUGAAAAACGAAGGCACCUAACCAUAGUUAUUGAUGGAAUGAAUCUUGAAAACUUGAGAGAAACAAGUUCCAGUAGUAAGAGCUUUAAAUGAAGCUAACCAGUUUCAUAGCAGAGUAUAGUGGUACAUGCAUGCCUGUAAUCCCAGCACAAGGGAGGCUGAGGCUGGAGGAUUGCCAUGAGUUCAAGCUUUGCCUGAACUACAUAGCCAGACCUUGUCAAAAAUAGAGUAUAUUUCCAUUUAUGUACUUACUAAAUAUUUCUUAUAAAUUAUGAGAAACUUGAAUCAAAUUAUGGAUUUGCAUAAUGUGUUCUACACCAGUAUCUCACUUCAUUUUCUACCAGCUCACAAUUCACUGCUGUUAAGGAAAUCUCCAUAAUGUCUUCGUGUGCUUUUUACAACUUUCUCUAAUCUGUACUGUCUCACAGUUAACCCAGUUUCACACUCCCUGACAGAUCUUCUGAAGUGAACUAUGGACAUUUCUUUUUCUCUUACCACCAAGUAGUGAAAGGAUUUUGUUCAUAUUGACAGUCAGCUACAUCCUCAUUUCAGGUUUAUAGGCUUCUCAGAAAGGUUACAAACUCCUAGCAACCAGCAAUCACAUCUUGUAUUUAUAUAUUCCUAACCGAACACAGUAAUUGUGUAGAGAGUGGAGAAGGACAUUUAAUAAGUGCUUAAAACAAAUAUAACAUUGUCAUAGGCUAUAGAAAACAUAAAACAAUGAUUACAAAGGAUCAAAUAUAUUUCUAAUCACUUAAAUAUUUGUCUCUGGAGCACACGAAUGUGAACAAAAAUUUAGUAAGCUUUCAAAAGAGACUGUGAAAAUCUGUGGAGACACAUGGUGGCGCUGCAGGAUAAUCCUCGGGAAAUACAGUGUAGGAAGCUGGGAAACUGUGCACACAGAGAAUUGGGGAAGGCAGAAAGAUAAAGUCCUCACAAAACCUAGAAGCCAUUCUACAGGGUUAAAAAUCCUUAGGCUUCCAAAGAUUUAGUGGACUACUCAAAAAACACAAUUCCUAGAAGUGCAUCGUGGAGCUGAGGCCAUUCUGCAGGAAGUCCUCAGUAAAGGAGCUAUGGAGAAUCCAGCGAAAGGCACACUGCAAACAAGGCAAGUCCUGCUUCUCUUUGCUUUGUUGGGAAUAUCUCGGGGGGACCCUGAGCCUGGGAGUUUUUCGGUGGAGGAAGAAAUGCCCAGCGGGACCUUUGUGGGCAAUUUGGCAAAAGAUCUAGGGCUGGAGGUGGGUGAACUGUCCCUGCGGGGGGCUCAGGUGGUCUCUAAUGAUAACAGACAGCCUUUGAAGCUGGACAUAAAUACCGGGGAUUUGCUCUUAAUGGAAACACUAGACCAUGAAGAGCUCUGCGGCUCCACGGAGCCCUGCGUAUUGCAUUUCCAGGUGUUAAUGAAAAACCCUUUGCAGUUUUUACAAAUUGAACUUCAGGUCAAGGAUAUAAACGACCACUCUCCCAUCUUCUUGGAGAAAGAAAUACUCCUAAAAAUCCCAGAGAAUAGUCCUGUUGGUGCUGUGUUCUUAGUAGAGAGUGCAAAAGAUUUAGAUGUAGGAAACAAUGCCAUAAAAACCUACAUAAUAAGUAACAACUCUCAUUUCCACACUAAAAUGAGAGUCAAUCCAGACAACCAGAAAUAUCCGGAGUUAAUUCUGGACAAGGCACUAGAUUAUGAAGAGCAGCCACAGUUCAGUUUCAUCCUUACUGCACUGGAUGGUGGGUCCCCACCCAGGUCCGGGACUGCCGUGGUUCAAGUGGUUGUUGUAGAUACUAACGAUAAUGCUCCAGAGUUUGAACAACCAUUUUAUGAGGUAAAGAUUCCAGAGAACAGCAUCCUUGGUUCAGUGCUUGUCACUGUCUCAGCAGGGGAUUUAGACUCUGGAAUAAAUGGGGAAAUCACAUACACGUUUUCUCAUGUAUCAGAAGAUAUUCAAAAAACAUUCAAAGUCGAUCAAAAGUCUGGAGAAGUUAGUUUAACGGCAUCCUUGGAUUUUGAGACAAUUGAAUCAUACUCCAUAAUCAUUCAGGCUACAGAUGGGGGAGAGCUUUUUGGAAAAUCCACACUCAGAGUUCAGGUGAUGGAUGUGAACGACAAUGCCCCGGAAAUUGCCAUAUCUUCAAUUACCAAUUCAGUACCAGAAAAUUCACCUGAGACUGUAGUUUUGGUUUUCAGUAUCCGAGAUAGAGACUCUGGGGACAAUGGGAGAAUGGUUUGUUCUGUCCCAGAAGAUCUACCAUUCGUGCUGAGAACUUCAGUUAAGAAUUAUUACACCCUAGAAACGGAGCAAACAUUGGACAGAGAGACCACAGCGGAGUACAACAUCACCAUCACAGUCACCGACCUGGGGACGCCCAGGCUGAAAACCCAGCACACCAUCACCGUGCUGGUCUCCGACGUCAACGACAACGCCCCCACCUUCACCCAAAGCUCCUACACCCUCUCGGUGCCCGAGAACAACAGCCCCGCCCUGCACAUCGGCAGCGUCAGCGCCACAGACUCAGACUCGGGCACCAACGCCCAGCUCACCUACUCGCUGCUGCCGCCGCCCCACGACCCGCUCCCGGGCCUCGCCUCGCUCGUGUCCAUCAACGCCGACACCGGCCAGCUGUUCGCGCUGCGGGCGCUGGACUACGAGGCCCUGCGCGCCUUCGAGUUCCGCGUGCGCGCCACCGACCGCGGCGCGCCCCCGCUCAGCGGCCAGGCGCGCGUGCGCGUGCGCGUGCUGGACGCCAACGACAACGCGCCCUUCGUGCUGCACCCGCUGCAGAACGCGUCCGCGCCCUGCACCGAGCUGCUGCCCCGCACCGCCCAGCCCGGUUACCUGCUCACCAAGGUGGUGGCGGUGGACGCCGACGCGGGCCAGAACGCCUGGCUGUCCUUCCAGCUGCUGCAGGCCAGCGAGCCCGGGCUGUUCAGCGUGUGGGCGCACAGCGGCGAGGUGCGCACCGCCAGGCCGCCGGGCGAGCGCGACGCGCCCAGGCAGCGGCUGCUCGUGCUGGUCAGGGACAACGGCCAGCCGCCGCUGUCGGCCAGCGUCACGCUGCACGUGCUGCUGGUGGACGGCUUCUCGCAGCCGCACCUGCCUGGGCCCGAGGCGGCGGCCGAGCGCGCGCAGGCCGACCCGCUCACCGGCCCCCUGGUGGUGGCGCUGGCCUCGGUGUCGUCGCUCUUCCUGUGCUGGCUGCUGCUCUUCGUGGCGCUGAGGCUGUGCGGGAGGAGCGGGCGGGCCGCGCUGCCUGGCUGCCCUGCGCCCGAGGGCCCCUUUCCGGGCCAGCUGCUGGACGUCAGCGGGGCGGGCACUCUGGCCCACAGCUACCAGUAUGAGGUGUGUCUCACUGGAGACUCUGGCACAGAUGAGUUCAAAUUCCUGAGACCAUUUUUCCCCAGCCUCCCACCCCAGAGUGCUGGGGAAGAAACAGAAGGAAAACCUGCUGUCCGGAACAGUUUAGGGUUCUCCUAGAGGUCUCAUUUUGAUGCUGUGUUUUCUGCAUGUGGAUGUCGUGGAGAAAAAUUUCACCUCUAGGUAUAGCUUUGAUUUUCCUUUUGUAAUGGAUUUUCCCACUGAAUUUUGUUUUUCAUAACUUAUGAAACUCUAAUUCUACUUUUUAUAAGUUGUGCUGCAAAUGUAACUUCGGGCCCACGGUAUUUGUACUAUGCUACACCAUGGAACUGUACCCCAAGCUCAAGUCUCCCCAGCUUUUGGUGUUACAUAAUUGUUUAUCUUUAUUUGUAGUUAAGUCAUUUUAUUCUGCCACUCAGGAGUGUUUGCUUUUUUAGAAAUUCUUGAGAAAAUAAAAGUUAUCUUUGCUCAUGUUUGUCUCUCCUAUUGAAGUUGCACUCACAUUUAUGCUUAUGGUAAAAUAAAUCAUUGAAAAUAGUUUAAA